AUGGCUCAGCCGAAACCUUCACUACCAACGUCUCCUCAAAUUGACACUAAUUCUAUGACUGGAACUUUACUCAGACCUCUAAACGAAUUGCAGACAUUAGCGAACACCUUAUUCCAAUCUUUGUCUCCACCCCAAUCUAAACCCCCGCCUCCGCCGCCCUUGAAGGCUUUCUUGGAAUGCGACAAAGCGAUGGCUGCUGCAAUCAAUCUCGCCUAUGUCCAUCAAAUCAAGCAACGAAGGAUCGACAUGUUGGAGGCUGAGAUAUUGGACUUAGAGAGCCAGUGGCGCGAUAUAUGCGCAGAACUUGCUUCUGGAAAGGCGGAUCUUGAGGAAUUGAUAGAGGAAGGCGAUGAGCGCAUCAAAGCUAUAGACGAAGCUAAGAAAGCGUCGAUUCCAUAUCCUGAGUUGCUCGCAUAUGCUCAAAGUCUUAGCGCUUUUACAUCCGCCCCUCCCAAUAUGCCUGACCUUUCACUGCCUGGCCAACCCCCACCACCUCUGUUCUUCCCUCCAUUCCCAAAUGAAGAGAAAAUGCGUCGGGGUCGCUUAAAUGCAGAGGCACCGCUUGGCCUGCUAGGAGAAACCCAUUCUGUGGGACGACCUCCAACCGUCUCCCCACCUAAGGCAGAAGGAACGCACAAUAUUGCUGGGGCUAAUCCUUAUCGUCACGAACUUCGCGCACCUCAACCACAAUUCUUCGACCUCGACCUUGAUCUAAACCCAGACCUUUAA